AUAGAAGUUCGUAAAGAGGGAGUGAUGUUAGUCUUCAAGACUCGCGAAGACGAAGACGAAGACAGUAGAAGAAAGAGGGAAAAGGGAUUUGUGAUUGCUUAAUCUUCGAAAAUGGUGAAAUCGACAAGUAAGGAUGCUCAGGAUCUAUUUCGCUCUCUUCGUUCCGCUUAUUCGGCUACUCCGACUAAUCUGAAGAUCAUCGACUUGUAUGUCGUUUUCGCCGUCUUCACUGCUCUGAUUCAGGUUGCUUAUAUGGCUUUGGUGGGAUCAUUUCCAUUUAACUCAUUCCUAUCUGGAGUUCUCUCUUGUAUCGGAACAGCAGUUCUUGCUGUGUGCCUCCGGAUUCAAGUGAACAAAGAAAACAAGGAAUUCAAGGAUUUGGCACCGGAGCGAGCAUUUGCUGAUUUUGUCCUCUGCAACUUGGUCCUCCACUUGGUGAUCAUCAACUUCCUUGGAUAGGUUUCCUUCUCCUAUUACAGGUUGUUUUCAUGUUUUCAGAUACUGGAGUUUUUAGGUGUCACUUGGAAUCAAAACUGUAGUUUGAGAUAUUUUAUGUUAUUGUCAAAGAAUCAAACUUUUAGUAUCUCAAUAACAUUUUCAUGCAGUCAUGGGACCCUUGGUUCGCUAUGCCUAUAUUCUGACCACUUGUAAGCUUACACGUGUUUAUAAUCUCAAUCUUCAAGUUGGUGUGUGA